UGGUUGAAUCUUCUUCAACGGUAGAGUGAUACAACAUCUUGUAUUGUACAAACUAAAUUUACACUUUUAUGUUAUGGUGGAUUGGAUUCAUGGAUUGGUUCGAAAGGAUAAAUGGAUUGGAUUCAUGGAUUCAAGUGAAAUCUAUAUAUUGGGCCAAUAUGGAAAUUUAAAAAAUUGUAGGUACGAAAAUCUCAAAAUUUAGAUACCAAAACAUAAUUGUUCAGUAAUUUUAUAUUUAAAUUUAAUUUGGGGUAUCAAAACGUAAAAUUUAUAUUAUAGUGACUAAAUGGUGAUUUAAUCAAAUUUGUUGUAUCAAAUGGUAAAUUGUUAGGCAACAGUAACCUAACUUCAGCUUUAUAUAUAUUAAUGUUAUAGUGGAGUGGAUUUAUGGAUUGGUUCGAAAGGAUUGGUCGAUUGGAUUAAUGGAUUCUUAAAUUGUUGGUACGAAAAUCUUGUAAAAUUUUCAUACCAAAACAUAAUUGUUCAAUAAUUUUAUAUUAAAGUUGUGGUAUUAAAACGUAAAAUUUACAUUUUAGUUACUAAGUUGUGAUUUAAUUAAAUUUGGGGUAUCAAAUGGUAAAUUGUUAGGUAACAAUAACGUAACUCCACCUUUUUAUAUAAUAUAUAUAUAUAUAUAUAUAUAUCUCUGUAAAUUUAAAUAGAACGAGGAUGGCGGAUGGGGAUUACAUAUAGAAGGCAACAGCAUGAUGUUCUGUACGGUGCUCAACUACAUUCAAAUGCGGCUGCUCGGAGAAGGACCCGACGGAGGCGAAGAUAAUGCUUGCGCGAGAGCAAGGAAAUGGAUUCUCGAUCACGGCACUGCAACUGCGAUCAGCUCUUGGGGGAAGACUUGGCUUGCUAUCCUUGGUGUGUACGAGUGGGAUGGAUGCAACCCCAUGCCUCCAGAGUUCUGGGUCUUCCCCACUAUCUUCCCAAUGCAUCCAGCAAAAAUGUUAUGUUACUGCAGACUAACUUUCAUGCCAAUGUCAUACUUCUACGGAAAGAAGUUUGUUGGUCGAAUCACACCUCUUCUUCUGCAAAUAAGACAAGAAAUCUACAUCGAACCAUAUGACCAAAUCAACUGGGGCGGCGUCCGCCAUUUAUGUGCACAGGAAGACAAUUACUAUCCGCAUGGUGUGACACAAAAGCUUUUAUGGGACGCACUUUACAACUUUGCCGAGCCUUUGCUAGCACGAUGGCCUUUGAACAAGAUGAGAGCCGAAGCGCUGGAGCGGACGAUGGAACACAUUCACUACGAAGAUGAGAACAGUCGCUACAUCACCAUUGGGGUUGUUGAAAAGCCACUGAACAUGCUUGCUUGUUGGGUCGAUGAUCCCGACGGGCUGGCCUUCAAAAAGCAUCUCGCUAGAGUUUCAGAUUACUUAUGGCUUGGAGAGGACGGAAUGAAACUUCAGAGCUUUGGUAGUCAAACAUGGGACACUAGUUUUGCCCUCCAAGCCUUGCUUGCCAGUGACCUGGUUGAAGAACCUUCAGUCAUAUUUGGAAGAGGACACAACUUCCUAAAGCUUUCCCAAGUAGUUGAGAAUCCUUCUGGGGAUUUUAAGGCGAUGUUUCGCCAUACGUCAAAAGGGUCUUGGACAUUUUCCGAUCGAGAUCAUGGUUGGCAAGUUUCAGAUUGCACUGCUGAGAGUUUAAAGUGUUGCUUACUAUUCUCAACAAUGCAUGCUGACAUCGUUGGAGAUAAAAUUCAACUCCAGAACCUCAAUGAUGCGGUCAAUAUCAUACUCUCUCUUCAGAAUAAGAAAAAUGGAGGGUGUUCAGCCUGGGAGCCAUCAGGAGAAAAAUUAUGGUUAGAGUGGUUUAACCCCGUGGAGUUUUUGAAGGAUCUUGUAAUUGAAUACGAAUAUAUCGAGUGCACCUCAUCCUCAAUACAGGCCUUGGUGAUGUUUAGGAAGUUGCAUCCGACACAUAGAGUCAAAGAGAUUGAGGAUUUCAUUUUCAACGCAGUGAAAUUCAUUGAAGAGAUUCAACAACCUGAUGGGUCAUGGUAUGGAAACUGGGGAAUUUGUUUCAUUUAUGGUACAUGGUUUGGGCUUGGAGGGUUAGUUGCUGUUUGUAAGACAUAUGAGAAUUGUGUUGCUAUUCAGAGAGGAGUUGCCUUCCUUCUUGAAACACAAAAAGAAGAUGGAGGAUGGGGAGAAAGCUAUCUUUCAUGCCCAAAGAAGGAGUAUGUUUCCAUGGUUGGCCGAUCAAACUUGAUCCAUACUUCUUUAGCUUUGAUGGGUUUAAUCCUUGGUGGUCAGGCAAAGAGAGAUCCGACACCACUUCAUGCUGCUGCAAGGUUGUUGAUAAAUUCACAAACUGAGCUGGGUGAUUUUCCGCAACAGGAACUUAUGGGAGUUUUUAUGAGGAAUUGUAUGAUGCACUAUGGAGCUUACAGAAAUAUUUUUCCGAUUUGGGCUCUAGCAGAAUAUCGUCGUCAAGUUUAUUGAAAAAAAAAAUCUAUAGCAAGAUAUACUGGUGACACCAUAUAUAUAUUGUAUUUCAACAUGGGUGAAAAUAAAAGUAUUGAGCUUGUGGGCUGUUUGGAGAAAUGUAUGGCUUCCAAUUGGUUAGAAUGGUUACUUGGUAUAAGGUGUAACUUAAGCUUGAAGUAAAGUUGAUUGAAGUGUUAUGAGGAAAAAGAUACAUAAUGAAUUAUAUCAUAUUUACGUUGGGAAGAAAGUUCUCAGAGAAGUUGAAAGAGUAUGUAACAACUACUUUAUAUUUUUUUCUUUAAUGAAUGAGCAUUAUUUCA